AUGGCGGAAAGCCCCCAUUCACAACCCUUGCAGGUUGGAGUUUUAUUGAUCAGCGAUCUAGUCCAACUCCUGGAUCUGGCUCCAAUUGACCUGUUCACCACCCUUCAGCCAGAGUACCUCGAUGCUUGUGGCCUUCCGGAAGAAAUAGUUGCCCUCGGCAUAAAGAGCGAAAUCCACUAUAUCACAGAGGAUGGCGAUAAACCAGUGAAUAUGACCAGCGGCGUCCGAAUUCAGCCUACAACAUCUAUUUUGGAAUGUCCAUCGCUAGACAUUCUUCUCCUUCCAGGUCCACAUCCGUUGCAUGAACCCUCUUCUGCCGUUGUGCAAUUCCUACACAAUGCAUCGAAGAAAGUGUCGGCACUGCUGGCUAUUUGUACAGGAGCGAUGACACUGGCCCGUGCAGGUGUUCUGAAUGGUAUCCCUUCUGCUUGCCCAAGGCUCAUGCUUCCAUUGAUGGAGAAGACUGUCCCUCAGGUACGGUGGCAGAAGAAACGAUAUAUUCAGCAUGAGAAUAUCUGGACAAGUGCCGAAGUCACAAAUGGCCUGGAUAUGAUGCAGGCAUACCUUCGCAGUGCCUAUCCUGCGGCAAUUGUCGAGUUGGCACUUUAUUUGAAUGAUAUGUAUGAUCGUGGAGAAUCUUUUGACGGAGACAAGUUGCCUAGCAGGCUAGUUAGCAAUCAAACUAUUCCACCUCACAGCUCUGCUAUACAUGAUUUAUAUGACUGCGCUCCGCCAUGGGCCUCGAAAGCGAGCAUCGGCUACGAUGAAGUUGGUUACAAUUAA